AUGGAAACAUAUCUAGAUGCUAACGAUGUGUGGGAAGCCGUGGAAGAGGACUACAAAGUGUCUCCCUUGCCAAAUAAUCCUACGGUUUCUCAAAUGAAAAAUCACAAAGAAAGGAGGCUUCAAAAAUCCAAAGCCAAAUCAAUUUUGUUCACAGCCGUAUCUCCAGUCAUUUUCAAUAGAAUAAUGACGUUGAAAACGACAUAUGAAAUUUGGAAGUUUUUGAAGGAAGAGUAUGAAGGAAGUGAGAGAAUCAAAGGAAUGCAAGCUUCGAAUCUAGUUCGAGAACUUGAGAUGCAAAGGAUGAAAGAUUCGGAGACAAUCAAAGAUUAUGCGGACAAGCUUCUCGACAUUGCAAAUAAAAUACAGCUUCUUGGCACUCAUAUUCCUGAUUCUCGAAUUGUUCAAAAAAUACUUGUAACAAUUCCAGAAAGAUAUGAAGCCACAUUAACUUUCUUGGAGAACUCAAAAGAUCUUUCUACUAUUACCUUGGAAGAACUUUUGACUGCACUUCAGGCUCUAGAUCAAAGAAGACUCAUGAGAGAAGAAAGUCAUAUUGAAGGGGCUUUGAUAGCUAAAUUUAUGAAAAAAAAGGGGCAUGUGGAGAAAAUCUACAAGUCAUCAAAAACACAAGAGAAUGUACAAGCUCUUGUUGAAGAGGGUGAAAAAGAAGAUCCUUUUGUUGUUUCUUGCUUUACCACACUGCAAGAUCAACAGAAAGUUGACUAA